CUGCAAUGUGUAUCCAUAUUUCCUAAGAUAUAACAUCACACAGCGUCCUCAAUAAAAAUACUUGAUCUCUCAUGGUUGCCGACCCUACUCAUACUAAACUCGCGGUUCUUAUCGACGCGGACAAUGCGCGGUUCUCCAUCAUCAACCUCCUACUUGCAGAAGUUGCAAAAUAUGGCACGGCUCAUGCAAAACGAGCCUAUGGAGACUGGAGCAGUCAUAGUCUCUCGGGCUGGAAGGAAAAGCUUCUUGAAAAUUCAAUCCUGCCUAUACAGCAGUUUUCGUAUACCCGUGGCAAAAAUUCCACUGACUCAGCUAUGAUAAUUGACGCAAUGGAUCUGCUGUACUCGGGCCGCUAUGAUGGGUUUUGUCUCGUCUCCAGCGACAGUGACUUCACCCGACUAGCCGCCCGGAUCCGCGAGGCAGGGCUCGUGGUGUAUGGUUUUGGGGAAGCCCACACGCCACAGCCCUUCGUUGCGGCCUGCGAUAAAUUCAUCUACACAGGGAAUCUCGUGCAUCUCGAUGAGCUUGCGCCGCAUGCCGAUCGCAUUGUUUCGCCUGGGAAGUCGGCUCGGGCUAGCCAAGCUCCACUCAAUCCAGAGCUAGCCAGUCAUUUACGGGCAGCGGUAGAAGCAGCCUGCAAUGACGAAGGAUGGGCUAGUCUCUCGGAUGUCGGUCAGCUCCUGACCACAAGACACUCGGACUUUGACUCUCGUAGCUACGGGUAUCACAAGCUGAGUGAUCUGAUCACUGCCUCUUCCUUAUUCGAGAUUAGUCGCCGCUCCUCACACAAGAGCUCAUUUACGGAGAUUUUCGUUAUCUUAGUUAUGCUUUACUCUUUCGUCUUCCUCGUCUCGUCGGGCGCCCGUUGUAAAUGA